AUGGGAACACAAAACCAGUCUCAGCUACCACUUAUAGACUUCACUAGCGAAAAUCUGAAGCCUGGUACUGAUACUUGGGUUUCAUCUUGUCAAUUAGUGCGUAGUGCACUUGAAGAUCAUGGGUGUUUCCUAGCAUUCUAUGAUAAGGUUGAUUCAGAGAUUUACAACUCUGUUUAUUCAGCAAUGGAAAAAUUAUUUGACCUCUCAACUGAAACAAAAGGGAAGAAGACCACCGAAAAGCCAAUAUUUAGUUACGCUCCGCCACGAUCUGAGGUUCCUUUAUAUGAAUCUGUGGGUAUCAUGAAUCCACUGAACAUAGAGGAUUGUCAGAAAUUCACUUACAUUAUGUGGCCAGAAGGAAAUGAUCAUUUCUGUGAAAGUGUCAAUUCCUAUGCAAAGCAACUAGUAGAAUUGGACCAUAUUGCGAAGAGAAUGCUAUUUGAGAGCUAUGGACUGGAGAGGAAGAAAUUUGAGUCUUCACUUGAAUCAGCUGAUUAUGUGCUCAGAGGGUACAAAUACAAAAUACCCCAAGUGGGUGAAAGUAACUUAGGGGUGAUUCCUCAUUCGGAUAAAACCUUCUUUACUAUAUUGAAUCAGAAGGUUGAAGGCUUGGAAGCCAAAUUGAAGGAUGGGGAAUGGUUUGAGGUGGGUGUUUCACCCUCCUUGUAUUUGGUUAUGGCUGGUGAUGCAAUGAAGGUUUGGAGUAAUGACAGGAUACCCGCUUGUGAACACAGAGUCUUCAUAAAUUCGAAGAUAGAGAGAUACUCAAUGGGACUACUUUCAUAUGCUGGCAAGAUAAUGGAACCACCGGAGGAGCUAGUUGAUGAGGAGCACCCUCUACGUUAUAAACCAUUUGACCAUUAUGGAUACCUCCAUUUCUUUAUCACCGAAGAAGCCAUAAAAUCUGCUUCUCCGAUCAAAGCAUAUUGUGGUAUUUGA